AUGAGAGGAAGCAGGGCGGUCCCUCUGUCUAUGCAUGGGUGGAGCGCGCAGUGAGGAAAUGUCAGAAGGAAGCUGAGAAACGGUCCCCGCGCCACUCGCAUGAGGCUGCUCUCACCGGAUGACCCGAAAGAUGAACUUUAUCACCAUGAACUCACCCAGAAACACCACACGGGAUCUGUUUGAAUGUGCACAUUAGAAACGAGCUGAAGAUGCAGGGGGCCAUUGCACGGCUGUGUGUGGUGGUGGCUGCUGCCAUAUUAAACCAUCCCUUGCUCUUUCCGCAUGAAAACACCACACUCCCGGAGCAGGAUGAGGAGCUGAUCGCUCGAAUGCGGGAGCAUGAGGCAAGACUGGAAAUGGAGAAGGCCAAGUUGGAGAAAGAGCUUUCACAGAUGGACUCAAAGCAGGAAGAGACCACCUUGCAGGAAGGUUAUAGUUGGUACUUCUGGACCACCGUGUCUUUUAUAAUAUUCUUCACCAUCGAGAUGUGUAGGGUGGAUCUGGCUGAUGGAGAAGUCCGGCAAGUUGAGGAGGAAGAGGUUUUUUCAGAGAGUGGAUCCAUCAACCCCAGGAUGAUGGUACUGGAUAAGGACAUCCUGAGUAACUUCUGUGAUAAAUGCACCUACACUUCAGCACAUGAAAACUGGAGGGUGAGGGAGUUUGUCGAGGGUUUUGCAGAUGACUUGCUCGAGUCACUCAGGAGCGUGUGCAACAGGGACACAGACAUGGAAGUCGGGGACUUUGUUGGCAUUGGAAGCAUGUUUGAGUCCUGGAAGGUUUGCAAACCGCUCACAUGUGACCUCAUCGUGCCUUUCUCACCUCCAGAUCUGCACUCCUUCCAGUACCACCUGUGGUGCAGCUCCUCCAGUGACAUACCUCCUGAUAUGCAGGGCUGUGGGAAGAUAAAGGUGACCACACCUGGGGAGAAUGGGGGGGGCUGUCUCUGUGGCUCUGCUAACCUCGGAGAGGACAUGCUUUGUCUGCUGCAUGGCAGAAAUGACACGCCCAAAGUCAGUCUGAGUCCUGAUGAACUGCUGUGCUCCAGAGACACAAACUGCUUAGCGAAAGACCAAGUCAUGAAGUGGUUUCAGAUCUCUGUAACCAAAGCGUGGGGACGCAUCUCUCACAAAUAUGACUUUGAUGUUACCUUUCGCAGCCUGGAUGCUGCCGGUGCUCUGAAGAUCCGAUUCCCGUCAGGGAAAAUCAUCGUAAUGAACAUCGUUCCGGUGGUCCAGCUUGAGGAUACAGAUGCUUAUUUUGUCUCGCACUUUCCAUCGGAUGUUGACAGCUUCCCAGACCCAUACUGGCCCCUAUCUGUUGCUGUCUACGAGAGGAAUUUGCUGAAACAUUUUACUAAACGCCUACCAAAACAUUCCUGUCAUUUACACUGCCUCCAGAUUGUUACUUUCUUACACAAAAAGCAAUCAGGGCUGACUGGAAAAAGUGCCCUUACAAACUAUCACUUAAAGACUGCUCUGUUGCACUUGUUGCUGAGUAAAAAGACCAUCAUGUGGAGCGUUGAGAGUAUGCAGCACAGGGUCCAGGACUUGCUCAGCUUAGUGCAGAGGAGCCUGCAGGAGAAAAGACUUAACCAUGUCAUGAUUGGGAACAGUAAAGUGCCAGAAGAGAUCCAGGUUCCUGAGAUGAUUCGCAGAGCAGAGCCCAUCAACCUGUUCAGGACACUGGUGCUGCAGAGGGAGCUUUAUGCAGCAACAGUCAGGCAUUUUCAGGAGAUGCUGAGAAAUGCACCUGUGCUCCUACAGGAGUAUACACCGUACUUAUCAAAUGGAGGUUUACAUCACAGCCUGGAUGAAAGUUUAUAGGCACUCAGCAUCUGAACAAUUUUAGACACGUAUAUCAGACAUAUCGUUCAGUGAUACUAUAAGUAAUGUUACUAAAAGGUGCAUGCACAUUGUUUAGCUCUUGCUGGUAUCUAAAUUUGUAGUGGUUUUGCCGUAGCUGCUACUUUUAAAACCUUUUUAAAUAAAAGAUGGACUACUGCUAACACCGAUGCUAAAGGAAGAAUUGGAAAAUUUAGUGGAGAAACUCAGCAAUAUUAGGUAUUUACAAUUUUAUUGUAAUACAUUUUUAAAUUGAAAUAAAAACAAAAACCAGCACAGUCCUGAAGAAGCACGUGCUAACACGAUUCAGUACCAUUAAAAACGGCAGCAUCACUGCUCCACCUAGUGGUUGCAGAUUGUAUCAACCAAAGUAAAGUAGUCACAAAUAGAAGGUGCACUGCAGUUAUUUGUGGCUUAUAUGUAGACUAGUCAUGGUUUUGUUGUAGCUGCUUUCUUUUAACCUUUUCUUGAGAAUACAGCUUACUGCUAUCAGACGCUGAGGGAAAAACCUCAACAUCUCAGUGGAGAUACCAGCAAUACAGACACUUUGGCACAGGUGUCCCUCGGCUCCUGGAUGACACAUUUUAGCAGGAAAUCUUAACAUAAAUACCUCUCAUAUUAUACGGAUUCAACCAGGAAUCUUUAACAAAACAGUGAACUGUCUGCUUUGUAUAACAGUGUUUUAUGUUUCAUUGUUACUGUUGCAGAUCUGAUGGCAGCUAUUAAGGUUUGUAAUACUGUAUGUAUCUUUUAUGCCUUGUUAGAGCUUAUUUUCUUAAUUUUACUUGUGAUAUUUUUACUGUGUGUGGUUCUAGGUUAUUAAAUGAGACCAUAAAAGGGAAA